CCUAGACCUCUCUGAGCUGUGAUCCCUGGCAGACAGACACACUGGUGUCCUAAUGGGACAGGUUCCCACGCAGUCUCCCUGGCCCCACCCUAGCCAGACCUGUUCUGGAUCCUGCCACUACUCUUUCCCAAGGCUGCCACACCUUCCAUCCAUCUGGGGCAGGGCCUCAACCAGGAAGGCUGGCAGGAGGAAGGCUGGCCUGCCACAGUGGGUCAUGGAAGCCGCAGCAGAGCCUGUGCACUACCAAAAGCUGGAGCUCUGGGAGCUGACAAUGGAGUCAGGGGAAGAGGAGGAGGAAGACGAGGAAGAUACCUCAGAGCCACUGGUCAUCUACUCCAGGAGGCCCCAAGACAGCCCUUGGAAUAAGGUUGGCGGGCUGCCCGGAGCCUGGGCCCGAUUGGUGGCAGCCCUGCUACUGCUGGCAGUCAGCUGCUCCCUGGCCGUGAGACAGCUCCAAGGCAGGGGCAGCCCGGCAGGAGGCAUGGGCUCCGGGGCCCCUCCAGUCAGCAGACAUGCCCAUCAUGCUGGCGAGUUCCACCACAGUGCCAUCAUCAGCCCUGCAGCCCCUUGUUCCCACCUGGGCCAAGAGCUGCUUGUUGCUGGGGGCAACAUCGUGGAUGCCGGAGUUGCAGCUGCUUUGUGCCUGGUUGUAGUGCAUCCUCACGCCACGGGACUAGGUGCCACAUUCUGGGGUCUUUUCUAUAACAGCUCCUCAGGAAACUCAACUGCCCUGACCCCAGGACCAGCCCAGGUCCUGGCACCUGGCCUGGGGCUUCCCACUGCUCUGCCUGCCCUGCACUUGCUUCAUGCCCGCUUUGGCCACCUGCCCUGGCCACACCUUCUCAAGGGUCCAACAGUGCUGGCUCAAAAGGGCUUUGUGGUGGAUGCAUCCCUGGCAAGGGCUCUGGCAGCCCAGGGCACAAAGGGCCCCUGUCCACUGCUUUGUCAUGCUGAUGGGACACCCCUGGGCCUCGGGGCCCAAGCCACCAACCCAAAACUGGCAGCUGUGCUACGCAAGGCAGCUCUUGCCCCCACACCAGACCUUGCUGGGGAUGCCCUACUGAGUCUGCUGGCCAAAGACCUGGGGCUGGAAGAACCUGCAGCUGGGCCUGCACCCACCUUGGAGCCAGCACUGCAGCUUUCCAUGCCCGAGGGCAUGCUGUUCACCACGCCUGCACCUUCAGCUGGCCCAGAGCUCCUGGAACUGCUAAAGGCAGCCCCACACUCCAGGGAACCCAGCCCCAGCCCCUGCCCACUGCUCCCACAAACUGAUGGGGCCCCUGUGAGCAGUAUCCUGGCCACCGUGGACAGCAGCGGCUCUGUGCUCCUUCUCACCUCCUCGCUCAACAGUUCCUUUGGCUCUGGACAACUGUCCCCAAGCGCCGGUGUCCUGCUCAGCAACCUGGUGACCAGGUCUGCAACUAGUUCCUGGGCCUGCCCCCUCAUUCUCCAUGGCAGCCUGGAUGACCCAGAGACUGAUGUGUUAGGACUGGUGGCUUCAGGGACCCCCAAGGUGGCCAGAGCCAUGACUCAUGCCUUGCUCAGGCAUCUGGCAGGGCCCCAAGCUCAGACCCAACAUCAGCACCAGGGCCAGCAAGGACCAACAGAGAGACCCAGCAUUUGUGGCCAACAGACUCUACUCCAAGUGGCAGCCCAUGCAGAACAUGCCCAGGUCUCCAGUGUCCCCACUGGGUGCUGCCCCUUUCAGGGCUUCUAAUGGUGAGGCAGGGGUCUAGCACAGUCAGAACUGUCUCAAUCCUGAGCAGAUCCAGCAUAGAGUAUGCAGAGUGUACAACUGCCAUGUGCUUGUGGUUGGCCCAGCCCCAGCCUCUCCAGGUCAGUUAUGUCUUUGCAUGAACAAAGGCUGGGCUGAGGUCCUGGGUUGAAAUUCUAGCAUCCAGCUCAGUUAUUCCUCACAGCAUCCCCAUUUGAUGGGACUUCUGGCUCUUUUAUCAGCAAAGGAACUUGAAGAUGAUAAAGAGCAGCAGGCCCUGGGGCUACUUCAGCUCAGCUCUGCAGAGGACUGGUGGGGAACACUCUAUGGGACAGAGCAGGCAGUACCCAGUUAUUGCUAGCAUCUCCAUCUUCCUUCCUAGGCCAUUCUUUGCCAAUUUCCCUUAACAGGGAACAAAUAAAAAUCAAGUUUCCUGGGUGCCAAA